GCAGCGUUACACAUUCAUACUUCGAUCGUGUUCAUAAUCUGCUAUUCUGCUCUUCUGUUACCGUCAACCUACUUCAUUCCGUUGGACAUAAUUCCAUGGAAAUUUAGUCAAAGGUGGGCGGGCUUUGAAACGUCGGCACGAGCUGCGGAACACGCAAACUGCGAAUAUAUCAGCUUCCCAAGUAACUGGCCAUGGCAGUGAGGGCAUCCUUUGAAAAGAACAACGAAAUCGGCUGUUUUGCCAAGCUCACAAACACAUACUGCCUUGUAGCCAUAGGUGGAUCAGAGAACUUCUACAGUGUGUUCGAAGGUGAGCUGUCAGAAACCAUCCCGGUGGUACACGCCUCAAUAGCAGGAUGUCGUAUUAUUGGCAGAAUGUGUGUCGGUAACCGACAUGGGCUUUUGGUGCCCAACAACACCACGGACCAGGAGCUGCAGCACAUCCGCAACUGCCUGCCAGACACUGUGAAGAUCCAGCGUGUUGAGGAGCGCCUUUCCGCCCUGGGGAAUGUCAUCGCCUGUAACGAUUACGUGGCUUUGGUGCACCCUGACCUCGACCGGGAGACAGAAGAGAUCCUGGCAGAUAGCCUGAAGGUGGAAGUAUUCCGGCAGACCGUGGCGGAGCAGGUAUUAGUGGGUAGCUACUGUGCCUUCAGUAAUCAGGGAGGUCUGGUCCAUCCCAAGACCUCAAUCGAAGACCAAGAUGAGCUGUCGUCACUUCUGCAGGUGCCACUUGUGGCAGGAACAGUAAAUCGCGGUAGCGAGGUCAUCGCGGCGGGCAUGGUGGUGAACGACUGGUGUGCCUUCUGCGGGCUCGACACCACGAGCACUGAGUUGUCGGUGAUCGAGAGCGUGUUCAGGCUGAGCGAGAGCCAGCCAAGCGCCAUCGCCACCAACAUGCGAGACUCUCUCAUCGACAGCCUCACAUAACACUACCCACUACUCCUGGAUGAAUGCGGGUUCACUGACAUUUCCAGACCAACGGCACAGAAGUGUAGCCCAUGAAGAAGACGUCGAUCUUUUGUUCUUUGCAUCACAUAUAACACCCAAAAGUUCUUAUCAAAUUGGUUAUUUCUGUGGGUUGUCUUGCUCUAUAAUCUCCAUUGAGAACAGAAGCAGAAUCCUGGCGUGAUUAUGUUCUUUAUGGAUGAUGUCAAAUCCAAGCAUGUAACUGUCUGACUUAACAUGUAUUUAUAUGUCCAGACCCAGUUACCGCGCCAUAUUCUGUCCUGUGGAAAAUGGUCCUUUAGAAGUCCAUUGACAUAAAUUUUAAGAAAUAAAAUGUGCUGCAAGCUGA